ACACUCCCUCCUCCAUCUCUAUCCCAAUCUCCAUUACAAUCCCAACCCCAAUCCCCACUGCUGUCUCAAUCGCAUCCCCAGUCCCCAUUGCCAUCCAAAUCCCCAUCCUUAUCCCAACCACAGUCCCCAGCACCAUCCCAGUCCCAACACCAACCCCAUACCCCAUCACCAUCCCAAUCCCCAUCACCAUCCCAAUCUCCAUCACUAUCCCAAUCCCCAUCACCUUCCCAAUCCCCAUCGCCAUCCCAAUCCCCAUCACCUUCCCAAUCCCCAUCACCAUCCCAAUCCCCAUCACCAUCCCAAUCCCCAUCACCAUCCCAAUCUCCAUCACUAUCCCAAUCCCCAUCACCAUCCCAAUCCCCAUCACCAUCCCAAUCCCCAUCGCCAUCCCAAUCCCCAUCACCUUCCCAAUCCCCAUCGCCAUCCCAAUCCCCAUCACCUUCCCAAUCCCCAUCACCAUCCCAAUCCCCAUCACCAUCCCAAUCCCCAUCACCUUCCCAAUCCGCAUCACCAUCCCAAUCCCCAUCACCAUCCCAAUCCCAAAAAACAAUCCCCAUCGUCAUCCCAAUGCCAACCCCAAUCCCCAUUGUGAUUCCAACUUGCAUUGCCACCCCAAUUCCAACCCCAAUCCCCAUCCUCAUCCCAACAACCGUCCCCACCACCACCAUCCCAACACCCAUCAUCAUCCCAGCACCAACUCCAAUCCCCACUGCCAUCCCAAUCCCCAUCACCAUCCCAAUCCCAACCCCCACCACCAUCCCAACCUCAACACCAAUCUCCGUCCCAAUCCCAACCCCAACUCCCAUCUCCAUCCCAGUUCCCAUCUCCAACCCCACCCCUAUCCCAACUCCAGUCUCCAUCCCAUCCCUCAGUGCCUACUGGCUGCUUGUGUUGUUGCCUUUUUGAGGGGGAGGAGCGUGAUUUUGUAAACUAAUGAUGUGGUGAAGACAGCUUUUUUUGCACAAGUUGUUGCACAAUAAGGGGAAAAAUUAGUAAAUUAGGUUUAACUUUAAAGGGAACUUUUUUUUGUUUUUUUCCUUAAAACUCACUAGCAGAGCUACUGAUUACAAACAAAGAAAAACUGACCGAUUGAGAAACGAACUGCAUGGUUUACAGGUUAAAUUGCGUUAGAAAUUAGCAUGUUGACUUCAACUGUACAUUUAUCCUAUUGUAACUUCCAUUAAACAAUACAGCAUAUAACUGUUUAAAUAA